AUGACCAGCGUUUCGGGACAUCUGCUACAGCACGAUUUCCCAGUGUCAUUCAAAAACUGGACUGAAACACCGAUCAAAGUUCUAUUCGAUGCACCGGUUCAGAAGAAUGUCAUUCCUGGAAUGGAAGAUAUCAAGCAGACAUUGAUUGAGGAGAUUCGUAACUCUAAUGUGAGUUCUUUUUGGUGUACUUUGCAUAAUGAAUUUUGA